CAUUGAAAAGUCAUGGCGGCUUCCAUAGAGGGUUUACUGGCAGAAAUCUCCGAUAUUGAAGAUCCAAUUGAGGAGUUACAGAGUUUAAAAACAGCUUUAUUGUCGAUUCCUCUCAGCACUUUGAAAGACACUCUGAGCGGACAACGUUUCAAUGUGAUAUUCUCUCUGUUGCACUCAAAUGAACGGGAGCAGGUUGAGCUGUGUGUGGAAAUCCUUGAACGCAUCUUAUUGGCCCUGAGCCCUGUGUCGCUGGCCCAGAACUACAGAGUGGAACUGCAGGAAGGUCUGACCCAUCCUAAUGAAACGGUGAAGGUACUGGCCGUGACACAGAUUGGUAGAAUGGUGGCGCACCCAGAUGCUGCCACUGAAAUCCUCAACAACCAUGACAUUCUUGGAGCGUUGAUCAACUGCAUCGGAGAGGAAAACAUGGCCGUGGCGAAGCAGGCCAUCAAGUCCCUGUCCAAACUGAGUCACUCCAAGCCUGGGUUAGACAUGUUGUUCCAGAGCGACCUGCUGAAAGUUAUGAAGGAUGUGAUGGCCACAAGCAACGUAGUCAGAUACAGAAUAUAUGAGGUAUGUUCAACUUUGUGUGUUGUGUUGUUGUUCUUUUUAAAGUACAUUUAUUUUGAUGGGAUCGGUGGAAAAGAUGACCAAUGAUAAC